CAAAUCGUGAAUCACAACUGCAGAGCUCUGGUUGCCGCCGUUCCUUUUUUCACCUAUGCCGAUCGUCACUUUGUCUCAGAGGUGCUAAUGCGAUUGAAAUACGAGGUGUUUCAACCGGGCGACUGGAUCAUCAAAGAAGGACAGAUGGGGACCAAAAUGUAUUUUAUUCAGGAGGGCAUCGUUGAUAUUGUUGACACCGAUGGACGUGUGGCUACUAGUCUCUCAGAUGGCUCUUACUUUGGAGGUGAGUACACCCACCCCCAGUAG